ACGGCGAACAUCAGUAUCAUCAACAUGCAGUGUGUGGUCUCCAUAUAUCAGGCAAAUCAAGACAAGGCAAUAAUAGGCUAUAUUGUUAGUGGAGGGGGGGUUGAAGCACACUUGGACGGUCCACUAUGGAAGGUGAGCAGGAUGAGGGGAGAUCAUGGACGUGAACGCGAGAGGAGCACGCAGAUGGAGGCGGGGGUUCUGCUCGGGAUGCGGAGUGAGGAGGAGAGACUACAGACUUUCCAAAACUGGCCCAGAGAUGCGCCGGUGAGCCCUGCGGAGCUGGCCCGGGCUGGGUUUCUCUAUCUGGGAUACAGUGAUACGGUGCAGUGCUUCUGCUGUAAUGGGAUACUGAGACAUUGGGUUGAUGGGGAUACCCCACUCGGGGAACAUGAGAGACACUUUCCCACAUGCGGCUUCGUGAUGGGCAGAGAUGUGGGCAAUGUUCCGCUGGGUUCGACUGAUUCUGUGGACGGACAGCUCUUGAGUCAACUGCAGCGGCUGUCCGUGGACGAACAGGCGGUGUCCGGGCAGGCGGUGUACCCGGAGAUGGAGUCAGAGGACAACAGACUGACCACCUAUCACAACUGGCCCACCGGAGCAUCAGUGCAGCCGGACACGCUGGCGCGAGCUGGCUUUUUCUACACAGGUCAUGGUGACAAUGUGAAGUGUUUCUUUUGUGAUGGUGGUCUGAGGAACUGGGAACCAGGAGAUGACCCUUGGCAAGAACACGCCAAAUGGUUUCCACAAUGUGAAUAUUUGCUUCAAUCCAGAGGACGGGAAUAUGUGAGUAACAUCCAGCAGUCGUACUUCAACAUGACUGAGAGAGUGGGUGGAUCUCUGUCAUCAACUGAAGGGAGUAUUACCUCAGAGUUGUUGGGUGGGCAGAGCUCGGUGGCAGCACCGAUGUUGUCUCCUGUGGUGCAGGCGGUGCUGCAGAUGGGCUUCCAGAGCUCACAGGUGGAGAGUCUGGUGCAGUCACACUACCUGCUCACCGGCUCACACUACACCUCAGUGUCUGACCUGGUGACCGACGUCCUGCAGGCCGAAGAGGAGGAGAGGCAGACGGGGAAUCCCAGUCCAGAGACUGUGGAGAGGCAGGGCAGCAGUGCAGGUGGGAAGAGAACACAGGUCACAGUCAGGGAGAAAGUGCGAUCAGACAUGAGUCCAGAGGAGCAAUUGAGACAGCUUCAGGAAGAGAGGACCUGCAAGGUCUGCAUGGACAAACAUGUCUCCAUGGUCUUCAUCCCCUGUGGCCAUCUGGUUGUCUGCACUGACUGCGCAGCAAGUCUGCACCACUGCCCCAUCUGCAGGGCAGUCAUCCGGGGGAGCGUUCGAGCAUUCAUGUCCUAAAGUUCUGAACUGAAAAGUCUUUAACAAAGAGUGCAUAGUCUGAUGAAUGCUGAGAAAUACUCUACAGAUAUUAUUAUCCGCUUCCAAAUCAGCAGUGCGGUUGACAUAUUGGUGGUGCUUGGUAAUGCUGCUUUUUGGUCAUUCUCUAAAGGAAUAGUUCACCCCCAAAAAAUCAAAACUCUCUCAUUAUUUACUCAUACUAAUCUGCAUGCUGUUAUUUUUGCAUGUGUAACCCAAAAAGAUAAUUUUUGAAGAACCUUCAUGCAGCACUUUUCCAUACAACAGUUCAUAGUGACCACAUCUGUCAAGCUUAAAGGAAAAAAAAAAAAAACACCAUGAAAGUAACAUAAAAUAGUCCAUAUGACCCAAAAAUGGA